AUGAAGUUAUUCGCUGCUCCGAAAUAUCUGUCCGAUGCGGUAGCGCCGCUUGUGACACUGAACUACCUAUUGGGACUUCGCAUUUUCGAGUAUCCUCGUGGAAAACUACAUACCGUGCCCAGCCUGAUCUACCUCCUGUUCUUGUUCGGCAUAUUGUGCGUGUCUAUACACGUGAAUUACAAAUUAGUCAAGAAGAGUGACCUGCUGAAGUUGCAACAUGCCUUACACGCGUCCUUGAUGUGUGCAUAUGCCUCCGUCGUUACGAACGAGAUGAUUCUUGGUUACAUUUACACAAAGAUAUUUAUAAUAAAUACCAAUUUCAUCGUCCUCUCUGAAUUUUCAAUAUUCGUGAGGUAUCUGCAAACGAGAUUCAAAUUAAUUAAUGAACUUCUGUACAAAUACGCGGCAGUAUCGACGACAAAAGGAAUAAAACUGGAUCUCUUUGCUACAGAGGAUUACACUAAAAUAACGGACAGUCAGCAACGCCAAGACAUUCCUUCCAUAAAAAUAUUUCAUUUGAAUCGACAGCUGCAGACACGAAUACGAAUUUCUGUGUCUGAGAAAUGUAAUUUCGUUAGAUCGCGAACCCGGUGUCGUCUGACGCCUCAAUUACAAAAGCAGUUCCAAAUGGAACUCCAAGGACAAUCCAGAAACCAAUUCAGAGAUUCAAAUUUAAACCAAAAAUUAGUUAUAAUCAUGGAAUGUCGGAGACGCACACACUUGGUGCAAACGAUUAGGAUAUUAAAGAUGCUGUCCACCAGCUUUGGCAUACAGGUCAUUUCGGAAAUCGGAGUUGCCAUCAUCAUGAUCACUUUACUUUUGUAUAAUUUAUACAUUCUGGUCCAGCAGCAGCAAAGGGCAACAGGCUACGGCCAGUUAAAAAAAGCGUUGGUCGCGAUUAUGUUUGCAACAAUAAAUAUAUUUAAGAUCGUUUACAUAAAUCGUAUUUGCAAACAGACGACAAACGAAGGAAAGAAGACCAGCGAGAUUAUCCACGAGAUUUAUAGAUGCUGCCCGGAUAUCGAUAUACGAGAAGAGAUUCAUCAAUUUGGUCUUCAGAUAUUAUGGAGCCCGGUGGAAUUCUCAACAUUUGGCAUCUCCUUAAAUUACCACGUUCUCAGUUCGUGUCUGAAUACUGUGACGACUUAUCUGGUUAUCAUGAUACAGAUAGACAACUCAUUGGAGUCAAGUAAAAACAGUUGA